CGUCAAAGCCAGGCUGGGGCCGGGCGCGGGGCGCGGGCAGCGGCGCGGCCUGGGCGACACUGUCCCUUGCGGAGCCGGGCUGAAGGCGGACGCCGAGGCGGUGCCGGGCCCUGCAGCAGCCGCAGCCGCCGCAGCUCGAGCGAGCUCGGGAGUCUCCGGGCCACCGUCCGCCCGCGCCGCCACCGCCGCCGGGAGCCGGAGCGGGCGGAAGACAACGGAGGGACCGAGCGCCCGAGCCGCGCCGGGGGCACCGAGCGAGCAGCCCGAGGCGGCGGUGGCCGCCGACGACGGGGACGGCGACGACGCGGAGGCCGAGAGGGAGCCGCCCGGCCCGGCCCAGCCCCGUCACGUAGGCAGAGUGCCGUGUAGGCCUCUGUCGCCGCCGCCAUGCCGUUCCCAUUUGGGAAGUCUCACAAGUCACCAGCAGACAUUGUGAAGAACCUGAAGGAGAGCAUGGCCGUGCUCGAGAAGCAGGACAUCUCUGACAAGAAGGCAGAGAAGGCUACAGAAGAAGUUUCCAAAAAUCUGGUUGCCAUGAAAGAAAUUCUGUAUGGCACAAAUGAAAAAGAACCGCAGACAGAAGCAGUGGCACAGCUUGCACAAGAGCUGUAUAAUAGUGGCCUCCUUAGCACCCUGGUAGCUGAUUUACAGCUCAUUGACUUUGAGGGCAAAAAAGACGUGGCUCAAAUUUUCAACAAUAUUCUCAGAAGACAAAUUGGUACAAGAACUCCUACUGUUGAAUACAUCUGCACCCAACAGAAUAUUUUGUUCAUGUUAUUGAAAGGGUAUGAAUCUCCAGAAAUAGCUCUGAACUGUGGGAUAAUGCUAAGAGAAUGCAUCAGACACGAACCGCUUGCAAAAAUCAUUUUGUGGUCUGAACAGUUUUAUGAUUUCUUCAGAUAUGUCGAAAUGUCAACAUUUGACAUAGCUUCGGAUGCAUUUGCCACAUUCAAGGAUUUACUAACAAGACAUAAAUUGCUCAGUGCAGAAUUUUUGGAACAGCAUUAUGAUAGAUUUUUCAGUGAAUAUGAGAAGUUACUUCAUUCAGAAAAUUAUGUGACAAAGAGACAGUCACUCAAGCUUCUCGGUGAACUACUGUUAGAUAGACACAACUUCACAAUUAUGACAAAAUACAUCAGUAAACCUGAGAACCUCAAGUUAAUGAUGAACCUCCUACGAGACAAGAGCCGCAACAUCCAGUUUGAGGCCUUCCAUGUGUUUAAGGUGUUUGUCGCCAAUCCUAACAAGACGCAGCCCAUCCUGGACAUCCUCCUCAAGAACCAGACCAAACUCAUCGAGUUCCUCAGCAAGUUCCAGAACGACAGGACCGAGGACGAGCAGUUUAACGACGAGAAGACCUACUUAGUGAAACAGAUCAGGGAUUUGAAGAGACCAGCCCAGCAAGAAGCCUAACUUCCGGUCCGCCCCCAGUAGUGAAUGUGAGGUCAGCGUGUGCGGUUAGCUCUUCCGCGGCAGGCACUCUUCCCGAUCCCUGAGGCAACACCACUGCUAAUCUGCUGUUCAAUGAA